GAUGAGGGGGCCCAAUGGCGAUCAUUUGGAGUGAGAUGAGUGAUGGAGCAGAGGGUACUUAUGGAGAAGAAGAACGCCACGGUGACGCCGACCCGUGUGGAGGAAGACUUUCCGUUCCAGUGUGUGACCUGCAGAACCCAGCGCCAUGCCCACCGACGCCCAAACCGAUGCCCGCUCCUUCCUGACUGAGGAAAUGAUAACAGAGUUCAAAGCUGCCUUCGACAUGUUCGACACAGACGGAGGCGGUGACAUCAGCACCAAGGAGCUGGGCACCGUGAUGCGGAUGCUGGGCCAGAACCCGUCUAGAGAGGAACUGGAUGCCAUCAUUGAGGAGGUUGAUGAGGAUGGCAGCGGUACUAUCGACUUUGAAGAGUUCCUGGUCAUGAUGGUGCAGCAGCUGAAGGAGGACCAGGCCGGCAAGAGCGAAGAGGAACUUUCAGAGUGUUUCCGCAUCUUUGACAAGAACGGAGACGGUUUUGUUGACCGGGAAGAAUUUGGAGACAUCCUUCAUAUGACUGGAGAACAAGUCACAGAAGAAGAUAUUGAUGAAAUGUUUGGUGAAUCAGACACAAACAAAGAUGGAAAAAUAGAUUUUGAUGAGUUUCUGAAGAUGAUGGAAAAUGUCCAGUAACCGGUCCAGUCCUACAUUCCUUCACGGCGCCUCCUCCAGAACAAACUGAAUCUCCUCAGCAAAGAAACUCCAACUGUAUAAAAAGUGUAAAGAUAAUAAAGGAGUUACCCCCCCA